UGUGUGUGUGUGUAUUAUAAAUACAGCUCUGAUCAGCUUUCAGAAAUCUUCUGCUGGACACGUCUCUGCUCUCAGAUCCUCCGUCCGUCAACAUGAGUCCCAGAAACGUCGUCUUUAAGAAAGUUUCCCGCGACAAGUCGGUGACGGUCUACAUGGCGAACAGAGACUUUGUGGAUCACUGCGACUUCGUGGACCCGGUCGAUGGAGUUAUUGUGAUCGACCCACUGCAGCUCAAAGGAAAGAAAGUCUACGUGAUGCUGUCGUGUGCGUUUCGGUACGGCCGUCCUGGCGAGGAUGUGAUGGGCGUGGCGUUCCACAGGGAUCUGUUCCUGGUCACCCGGCAGGUUUACCCCGAGCUGCAGGACAAAGAGAAGCUGACGCACACGAAGAUCCAACACAAGCUGCUGCGAAAGCUCGGAGACAACGCCUUCCCCUUCUUCUUCGAGUUUCCAGACAACCUGCCGUGUUCUGUUGCUCUGCAGCCCGGACCCUCUGACGUGGGGAAGAAAUGUGCAGUGGAGUUCGAGGUAAAAGCUUUCUGUGGAGAGAGCCAGGAUGACAAGAUCGACAAACAGAGUUCGGUGCGUCUCAGCAUCCGUAAGAUCCAGUACAGUGCAGACAACAGCCAGCUGGUUCCUGCUGCAGAAACUACCUUUGAGUUCCUGAUGUCAGAGAAACCACUGACCAUCAAAAUGAGCAUGCCCAAAGAGACGUUCUACCAUGGCGAGCCUGUCAGAGUGAACGUAGAAAUCACCAACUCGUCCAGCAGGAACAUCAGAGACAUCAGUGUUUCAGUGGAACAGGUGACCAACAUUGUUCUUUACUCCAACGAUAAAUAUGUCAAAUCAGUGGCCAAAGAAGAGACAAAUGACUGUGUCCCCUCGGGGACAAGUCUAAAGAAGGAGUACGUUCUCUAUCCUCUUCUGGCUCUCAACAAGGACCGGAGGGGACUCGCUCUGGACGGACGACUCAAACAUGAAGACACCAACCUGGCUUCAUCCAGCAUAGUGAAACAGGAGGUGCUGAAGGAGGUCCAGGGGAUUCUUGUUUCCUAUAAAGUGAUGCUGAGGAUGAUCGCUGCUGGGACGCUUGCAUCCAGCGAGGUGUCUCUGGAGCUCCCAUUCAGACUGAUGAACCCUAAACCUGACCCAGCCAAAGACAGUGAGCUGGGUGACAUGGUAUUUCAGGAGUUUAAACGAGUCUACCUGAAGGGCGUCGUCUACGGAGACGAUGAAGAGUCUCCCGCUGAGGCAUAAACUACAAAGAU